AUGGCGGUCCAAAAGGUCAUCAGAAAAAAGUCCAAGGCGAAAGCGGAUCCCCUUGCUAGACAGAAGGCCAUUUGGAUGGUGGGACACGGGCUCACGCUCGGACUUGGAGCUAUCUACGGCCUCUUCUAUCUAUAUCAAUGCUUGACAUUUUAUCGCUACAGGUCAUGGAAAACAUUGUUUCUGAUUUCAAGGCCUACCCAAAAUAAGCCCAAGACGUGGCUCAAAUGGUUAUGGCGCUUGUGUCCGCAAAUUGCGUAUCGUCUGUCGCUAAUUGGAGCGUUGGCAGCGCACUCUGUGACCAGCUACCAAACCUGGUUGAACUUGAACCCAACGUGGUACGAUCUUUUGAGUCAGGAAAAUUUCCAAGGCAUCUUGAUUGCCGCUCUUUGGCUUUUUAGCAGGGCCUCGAUUUUCAAGAUCCUACCUUUCAUGCUCAGUAGCUUCCUACACUUGACAGUGAAGGACGCAAAGAAGGAUGAAAAGGACACGAAGAGCGCCGAGGAUGCUGACGAGGAGAAGACCAAGAGCUCAAAAUCAGCUGAUAGAACUACAUCCCUGUUGCAUGUCAUCGCUUACUCGGAGCUCGUUGUGGUGGUCACCUUGAUCUUUGACACUGUUACAUUCCGGGACGGGGUUGCCGGCUUCUUGCUGGUCAUGUACCUGUCGAUCUACUGGCUGAGACUGAACUUUUCCCCUUACGCCCAGGAAACCUUGCUGAGACUCGUCAUGAAAGUGGACCAAAAAGUGCCUCCUAAAUACCAGCCUCAGUGGAAAGAGCUAAAACAGUUUCUAUAUCUGCGUAUGGACGACAGCCGCAAACGCCAAGCCGAGGUAGCCAACAAAUAG